GCAAUUGUCUCCCAUUUACUGCUUGCCGUGCUCUGCGAAGAUAUAUUUCGAUUCAUUAUAUUUCAAUGUAUGCAGUGCUUAGUCCAUAGUACUCCAAUUCCAUGUCUUUGCUAACUGAGUAGCCCUUUGGCCGGUUAUAUGAAUUCAUGCUGUUAGUAUGUAUCUUCAUAUGUUACGUAUAUUGAAAUUCAUUCUUAGGUUAUUGUCUUUGCUAGAUUAGUUAUAUGUUUGGUGCAUUAAUAAUUAGCUGCAUCAUUGAUCUAGAGGAGAGAUACUUAAAGUUUAUUCUGUUUAUUACUCAAGCAUCAAACUUGUAUGUGUAGUAAAACUCAUAGCUCAUGCAUUUACUUUUCAUGCACUUGUACCUUUGUAAAUGCGCAGGUUCGCUGUCCUCACACACUGAAGAUGCUCAGCGUGGUUCGCCGCAGGCCAACUCAACUACAAGGGUGGACACUGGGCAGAGGUUGGUGGAUAGGAUGCCUAUCAAUCCCAAGAUAGCCGUGUUUGAGAGCACACAGGAGAGGUUUGAGGUUCCUCUCCGACCUGAUAUGUGGUCCUCGCAUGGAGUUGUCGGUGGUCCUGAGUCGUCUGUCCAAAUCCCGCCUGGUCCCUCAGUGGUCCGGAAGACCAAUCCCGCCUAGUCCCUCAGUGGUCCG